CGCUCCCUUGACAACGAGGGGCGGGCUUUUGAUAGCGCGGAGAAACGUGCUCUGUCAUUGGACGGAUCUCGCAGCGGCUUAUGGGAUUGCGGCCAGUUGCCGCCAUUUUGAAAACUGGCUACAGUCUGUAGAUACCUGUUUGCUGCUUGGGAUGCUUCUCCGGUAAUACUGGCGGCUGAUGUGAGACGUUCGGCAUGUCUUCCACCACCAGUGACGUACCAUCUGCUGAAGUAAGACUCUCUCAUUCUACCCCUCACAAGCCAAGCACCAAUGAGUCCGUAAUGCGACUCUCGAAGAGUUGUGACAUCAGCAGCACCGGGGAAUCCACCUAUUCUUUGUUGUCACCAAUCUAUCAUGACAGCUUUGAAAGUGACAUUGAAGAUCAUUCGUUCCAUGAAGAGAUUUUGGCUGGGAAAACUGAAACAAAGAAGCCUUGUAAUCAGAACCAAGGAGGCACCAGCGCAAUAGAGAGAUCUCUAGCAGAUCUGAAGCUUUCACCCUGGGAAACAUGGCUGCUGAGCAAGGAAAAGCAAGGACGAAUAGAGCUGCAAAACAAAAUAGUUGAGGAAUUAAAGCAAGAAGAAGAAAGAAAAAGACAGGAACAGAAGAAAGAGCAGAAAAAACGAUUGGCUGAAGAACAACACAAGGAAUGGGUCAGAAAAAAACAAGAGCAGGAAAGAAAAGAGAAGGAACAACUUCUUCUCAAAGAGAAGCAGGAAAAAGAGCUUGAAGAACAAAAGAAGCGUUUAAUAGAAGAGAAGAGUAAAGAGAGAUACCAAGAAUGGCUGAACAAGAAGAGAGAGCUGGAGCAGGAGAGGAAGAGGAGACAGAAGGAAGAAGAGGAGAAACGUCUGGCUGAGCAGAGAGAGAAGAAGGAGACGGCAAAACGGACGUUCGAGGAGUGGGUUGAACAGGCGAAAAACAGACCACGGCCUACACUAAACAGCUAUGGUUAUGUCAAUGGGAAAUUAACAGGCUAUUACGAUGGAAGUUCCUAUCCUGCUCCAGGGUUUUAUAACCCCAUUCCAUGGAAGCCCAUUCCUGCUCCACCACCACCAAAAGAGAAUGCUAAAAACGUGUCUGGAAAGAAGAAAAAGCGACCCGUUUCACAUCACUUAUACAGACCCAGCACGGCCAUUGUGUGUAAACCGAAGGACAAUCUGCAAGUUGGUGGAGGGAUGUUUAGAAGAUAACAGGAAUAUAGAUGAACGGACCAUUUGGCUUAUUUUGUUAAACAUCACACUUAAUACAGAUUUUACUAAAUAGUGUCUGUUUAGGAAACUAUCCAUUCUGUCACUUUUAUUUAUCUCAAUAGUAAAAUGCUUUAUUCUUAGAUUAUAGGGGUACUCUGGUGGAAAACAAUUUUUUUCAUAUCAACUGGCUCCAGAAAAUUAAACAG